UCAGCAGUUUUCUUAAAAUGGAAGAUUUAAUCUCUCGGGAACCCAGAGAUCUGGGCAGAGCUUUGUGCAUCAUCACAGGGGCUUCGAAAGGUUAUGGACGGACACUGGCGUUACAGUUGAGCUGUCUGCUGAAGCCCCGGUCCAUACUGCUGCUGGUGGCCAGAACCGCAGAACGGCUCAAUGAAGUGAAGGAGAGCAUUAAAGCCCUGGAUGACAGACAGAAGAAGCUGAUUGUCCGGUGUGUGCAAGCAGAUUUGGAGAAGAUGGAAGGUGUAGAGAAAACAGUUCAGGCAGCUAAAGAGACAUCCCCGUCUGAGAUGGAUCACUUACUGCUCAUCAAUAAUGCAGGCUCUCUGGGUGACGUGUCUCGAUUGGCUCUGACCUUCACUGACCCCAGGGAGGUCAACCGUUACCUGUCCCUGAAUGUCAGCGCAGUGCUCAGUCUAACGGCUGGUGUUCUGCAAGCGUUUCCUCGUCAUCUGGGUCUUCAGCGUACAGUGGUGAAUAUCAGCUCUCUGUGCGCGCUCAAGGCCUUUCCCUCAUGGGUUCUGUACUGCACCGGUAAAGCGGCCCGUGACAUGAUGUUUCGUGUGUUAGCCGAGGAGGAACCUGAUGUCAGAGUGCUCAGUUAUGCACCUGGUCCUCUGGACACAGACAUGCAGGUUCAAGCUCGCUGUUUCUCCGCCAUGUUCUCUGAGGGACAGCUGCUGUCCUGCGAGGAGUCCGGGGCCAAACUCAUGAAACUCCUGCUGGAUAAUGAUUACCCGUCAGGGGCCCAUGUAGACUUCUAUGAACUCUAGAACAAACUUACACAUGUCAAUGUUUUGUACAUAUAUAAGCAGCUAUUUCUAUAAUUGUUAUUUUAUGUUUUAAUAAAUCUGA